CUUUUAGAGCCACCCAGCUCACGACCAAGGGCGGGCAGACGCGUGCUAGCUGUAUUGCAGGCGGAGCUGCUAGGGCCUGCCGCUGAUGCUUUUACUGCAGCGGGAGCGGUUGCCGCACGGUGGCGGCAAGACCAUGGCGAGGGCGCUGCGCUGCGCUGCAGCGGCGACGGCCAACACGGACGCCAACCCGGACUCCUCGAGCAAACGGCACAGCAGCUGGCUGGCGGAAGGCCCAUGGAAGAGGUCAUUGCCGGCUGGGGCAAUGCCAGCACUGGCUACGGAGGCUGUGUCAGCAGGUCAGGCAGGGGCCGAAACCAGGCGUUGCUGCAUCUGCUGGUGGACAAGUACGUGCACCUGAUGGUGUGUGUGGACGAGUAUUCAUAAACCAGCCAUCAUGGUCCAAGCGUGCCAACACUGCGGAACUGUGUGGCAAAGUCUGCCUCGAGUACGGCCAGUUCAGGGGGGCCAGGGCAAGUUUCGGAUUCAGGUUCAGCUGAUUCAGUCGGAAUAGAUGUAGUAGAGGGGCAACACCUACUCAAUGACAAGCAUGUGGCACACGCUGAUGAAGAUGCUGCUUGGUAGGGUGCGGCCUACGACCCUGAAUUGUGGUGGAGGCGAUAGAGGCAGCAGUGGCAGGGCCUGCUGGUGACUGCGGCCACAAUGCAGGGUCUCGCGGUAGUGGUAGCGGUGCAGGGCCUGGGUGGCGGCGUGCAUGUGCAUAGCGGAGGGGGUAGGCAAGCAAGGCCGUGCGCAGGAGGAGCACGAGCGCGGCGCCACCCAAAGAAGUGGUGCCGGCGCGCAGGUUGAGAUUUGCCGGUGCCUUGUUUGAGCCUAUGCUGGCGAGCAUGUCCUAGCAUGUACCGUAUGCGGUCGUCCUGUCAUUGGGUUUGGGGCCACGCACACUUCCACGGGGUGUAGACGUCUUUGGGGGCUUGGGGCAGUAGAUGCUGGGGGAGGGGUGGGGUCGUCUGUGAAGACGCCGCGGGGCCUGACGGCCAGUGCUCGUAUCUUCCAUCUACACUGUAGAAAUCUGCCCAAAAUCCGCCGAAGGCGGAGAAAAAUUUUUGGGUUUGGGUGCCACGCAUCUACGCAGUGUAGACAGUUUUGGCCGGUUUUGGCGCAAAAAUGGGGGAAGCGUAGACGUUUUGGGGGGCUUGGGGGCUUAAGUGUAGAUGCCGCGGUCAGGGUCAUCUACGCAUGUGUAGAUGCCGGGUGCCUGAGGGCAUCUACAAGAUACGAGCACUGCUGACGGCAUCUACGGUACGGGCACUGUCAGUCCUGUGCCAGCUGUGCUUGUGCUUGACAGCGGGACACGGCUGGACACAUGGCGGGCGGGGCCUGUACCAACCGACCCUGCUGGCUACGUCCGGGAGAUGAGGUAGUUGCGAAACCUU